GAUUUCAUCGGUAAACCACAGUUGUAUGGAAUUAGAAUCACCAAAUUUUUUCGGAAAGUAUAGUAGGCUAUCAACAACACUGAGACAACCAAGAGUUCGAAGAACUAACCCAGCAGUAUGGUUUGCUGCAGUUUUGUGCCUCAUAUUCAGCGUUCUCCUCAUCUUCUUCGGAAUUGCGACGCUGAUCGUCUUCCUCACCAUCAAACCGAAAAACCCUACAUUCGACAUUCCUAAUGCAAGCCUCAACGUCGUGUACUUCGACUCUCCGGAGUACCUGAACGGCGAUUUUGUUCUACUCGCGAAUUUCUCGAACCCUAAUAGGAAAAUCGACGUGAAAUUUGAAUCUGGCGACAUCGAGCUUUUCUUCGCGGACAGGGUCAUAUCGAGUCAGAAGAUUCAGCCGUUCACACAGAAGCGAAGGGAAACGAGGUUGCAGCCUAUUCACUUCAUUUCGAGCUUGGUGUUUCUGCCUCAGGAUCUAGGCGUGAAGCUUCAGAGGCAGGUUCAGAGCAACAAGGUGAACUACAUCGUGAGGGCAACCUUUAGAGUGAAAGCCAUUGCGGGUUUCAUUCAUAUGUCUUUCUGGAUCCAUAGCACAUGCCAGAUUGAGAUGACUGGUCCACCAAGUGGAGUUGAAGUAACCAGAACGUGCAUGACAAAGCGAUGAAGAUGAUUUUUGACUGUAAAAAUCUGCUGUUUUCUAGCAAGUUUCUAAUAUGGAUUUAGAAUUUUGGAUACAGAAAAGAAAUAGUAGAUGAAUACUGGAUAUAUUGUUAAA